GCUUGUUGGAGUUUAUACAAGCGGAGGGAGUAAAAUGGCGGACGAGGAUAUUACGCUUGAUGGGAAGCCUCUACACUCGCUUCGAGUUGCGGAUUUAAAAGCCGCUUUGGAGCAGAGAAACCUGCCGAAAAGCGGACAGAAAAACACGCUACUGAAGCGACUCAAAGGGGCUCUCAUGUUAGAGAAUCUCCAGAAAUCCUCCACUUCCACAUGUGGAUUGCAACCAAACUCUCAGAUAGGGGAGGAGAUGUGCCAGAACAGCUUCAUUAAGCAGUACCUGGCCAAGCAGCAGGAACUCCUUCGUCAAAGACUGGAGAAAGAGGCUCAGCAGGAAAUGGAUGCUGAUGACAGUCCAGGCGGAGCGGAUGAGGAUGACGAUCACUCUGAAGACAAUGACAGUUCCACCUGCGCCUCUGAGAAGCAUCAAUCCAUAUUGUCCCAGCGGUUAGCAGCCAAGGCUGUUGAAGAAGAAGCUUUGAAAAUAGGUCAUGGCUUUAGUCAUGCUUUGCAUCAGCAGGGGGCCUACGAGGCUCCAGGGGGCAGGCUGCACCGGGCAAACUUUCAGCAGGGCCCUAAGGAACUCCCCUCUCCUUCCCGAGCUGUGGCUUCGCUGUCCGUGCGUGUCCUGGGACAGCCUGACUGCCAGGGAGUAGGCCGACCCCAGGAGAAGGAGGACGCCACGCCAGCCGAGCCCGGAUCUGCCCGUCCAAACCUCCACCUCAGUCGGCCUGCCAGGAGUUCAACAGGCAACCGGAUCUACGAUGACGAGGAGGAGGAGGAUGAUGAUGAUGACAGUGAUAACGAUGACGACUGGGGGCCUUCUCCGAGUGGGGCGCAAAGGGGGAAGAGAGCGCCUCCUCCAGUGGCCCCCAGUGUCCCAUUAGUGGCCGCGAGAUCCAAACGCAAGCUUCAACCUCCACAGCACAUCCCGCCUCCACAGGUGCACCACAGCCCUAUGCAGCUGCGCCACCCGACUCCUCCCCCGUCCCCGCCCCCCAAUCUGUUCCCCUUACCUGACACUCCCAAACAAAGCCCUCCAGACACAGACCACGAGGAGGGAGAGGACUCUCGACCCGCGCAGAGCAAGGGGGCCAUGUCUCUCCCAAAUAUCGCCACGCAGAGGCAGGAUUCUGACUCCAGCUCUCGCUCGAGCAGCCCCGAACCCACGGCGAAGCGCAGACCCGGGCCCCUCUCCCUGCUCGUGCAGAAGAUGGAGACGGAGGAGGCCGGCUCGGCCACUGCCAUGUCCGAGGAGGCCACGCACUCCGGUGCUCACUGCUCUGGGGAGUCCCCACGGAAGGAGGCGCCAACAAAGGGGGAGCAAGGGAGCAAACAGAAGGGAGAAAGGAACCAACAUGAAGAAAAGGAGGAGAAACGACCACAGGACAGCAAAAGCAAGAAAACACAAGAACAGGCAUUUCAUGAAGAGAAGGAAAGUGACAGAAAACUGCCAGAGGAGGAGAAAAAGGGAGAAAAGGCACAACUAAAUAAGCAAAUGAAGAAGAAACAGGAAAAAGAAGAAAAAAUGGUCGUGAUUGAAGCCCAAGACUCCGGUUCCUCCUCAGAGUCUGACUCCAAAUCUGAUUCCUCCUCACGCUCCUCUUCAUCAUCAUCCUCCUCUCCCUCCAGGGAUAAAGCUAAACUUUCCACUCAGUUUAAGAAGGAAGACCAGCAAGAAGAAAGAGACGAGGAGAAAAAGACUUAUUUAAAUAAAGAGAAACAUUACCCUCCUAAAAGAGAGGUAUCCGAGCCCAGCACAGCUGCCAUCACAGAGGUGGAACCAGAUUCGGAGAGCUCCACAGCCCAGCAGCCAGCCUCUGGGGCUGAACCUGAGAGUAAUGAGAGCCGCCUGGAGGAGGGCAACACUCCGAAGGCUUUCGCUGCCCGCAAGAUUUCCCUGUCCAGCACCAAGUCAUCCCCAGCAAACACAGAAGGAGGCGCAGGAGAUUCCGACACAGGGGGUGCAGCGGGGAGGAAGAGGCGAUGGGGCUCCAGCACGGCCGUCACGGCGAAGAAACCAUCGAUCAGCAUAACCACCGACUCUCUGAAGUCUUUGAUUCCAGACAUUAAAGUGAAUCAGGAUGCAGUUGUAGACCUUCACCCAGAUGAGCUGCAGUUAUCCGGGGAUGAAGAAAACAUGGACGCCAACCGCAGUGACCCAGACAACGGCCUUAAGAUCCGCCGCACCGUCACACAGGUUAUACCAAAUGACCGUCAGGAGAACGGACAGACGAAUGAGGAGGAGGAGGAAGAGGUGGAGAAAAAGGAGAGGGAAAUCCAACGCAGACCCUCCAGAGAGACGAGAGAAAACAGUCAUUCUGAGGAAGUGGUGGAAACUCGGAUAUCUGUGAAGCUCGAGGAAGAAACAAAAAAAGUUACUCCUAGCGAUAAUCUGGUGCGCCGCUCCAUAAGUCAGCAGAAGUCUGGCGUCUCGGUGACAAUCGACGACCCCGUUCGCACAGCGAGGCAGCCCUCGCCUCCUCGAGGAAAAGUGUCUAACAUCAUCCACGUCACAAACUUAGUUCGACCCUUCACCCUGCUCCAGCUGAAAGAGCUGCUGAACCGGACAGGCACCAUCGUGGAAGAGGGCUUUUGGAUUGACAAAAUAAAGUCUCACUGCUAUGUCACAUACUCUGCAACCGAGGAGGCAGUCGCCACCAGAGAGGCUCUUCAUGGGGUCAAGUGGCCUCAGAGUAACCCCAAGGUCCUUCGGGUGGACUUCUGUGAGCAGGACGAGUUGGACUUUCACAAAGGUGUCGUGAAACCAGAAAAAGUAGAGGAGCCCGUCAUCCAGCCGGUCGCACCUCCGAUCAAGCCGCCCCCCCUGAUGCCCGAGCACGCCAGGGAGCGCGACCGGGACAAAGAGCGGGAGCGCGACCGAGGAGUUCGGGAUCUCUGGGCGGAGCGGCAGAGGGAGAUGGAGCGCCGGGAACGGGCACGGGGCGAGCGGGAGUGGGACCGCGACAAAAUCCGGGAAUUCGCGAGACCGGGCGAGGAGGGGAGGCGAUCGAGAUCCCGAGAUAGAGAGAGGAGGAGGAGGGAGAGAGCCAAGAGCAAAGAGAGGAAGUCUGAGAAGAAGGAUAAAGCAGAUGAACCUCCAGCUAAAAUGCUUGAUGACUUGUUCCUCAAGACCAAAGCAGCUCCAUGUAUAUACUGGCUCCCCCUCACCGAGGAGCAGGUAGCGCAGCGCCUUUUAGAUCGCUCCGAGCGGCAGAAGGAGCGCGAGCGAAAGCGCAAGGAGCUGGAGGAGGCGGAGGACAAGAAGCGCGAGGAGGAGAAAAAGGAGAGGCUGAAAAGCCGGGAGAAGGACGGCGGCACCGCCGCGGGCGCCGGGACAGCCAAGCGAGCGGUCGAAGGCGAGCGCGUCCGAGACAAAGAGGGAGAAAAGCGCCGGGACAGCAGCCACCGGUCCCGACGGCCUUCCCCGGGCGCUGGCAGCGGGCGCCGGUCACGUAGUCGUAGCAACCCCAGAGACAGACGCCGCUGAGGGGGGGCGGGACCUGCAGGAAACGCCGCAGAAAAACAGGAGGCAAAACUGGGGAGUCUCCAAAGGGAGGCGUUCCUAUUCAUCCGGCGCCUCCAAACACGCCCUGCUUUCAUCUGUCCGCAUCGUCUUCCACACACUUCUGUCAUUUCCCGCCUCUUUUUCACGUCCACAAAACCGCUCGGGAAAUGUCGGAUCCUCCAAGUGAAAUCCUUUCCUCUGUGGACCCGUUUUCCUCCGUCUGUAAUGCUGGUAAUUGUCCUUCAUUGAAGUAGCUAAGGGUAGUAGUUUUCUGCCUUCGGUUUUUUUCCCGUUUUGUUCCACCGAGGUUUUGAGGACGCUUAAUUUUAGUUCUGUGGCUCCGCAGUUCCUUCCUCCUCUCCUGCCCUGUAAUAAAAGCAGUCCAAAAUAGAUCCCCGAAUAUGACCUCACAUAUUUUCAAGGGUCCGUUUCAGCGGCGCCAUUUCCAGCAACAGGACUUUUAUACCAACAUCCAAAUUUAACUGAAAUCCUCUGUCAAAGUCGGUCGUUAUUUGAUAUUUUCAUGAGUUUUUUUUUUUUUUUUUAAGGGGUAAGAUCCCUUUAUUGCAGGAGGUGAGUGAAGCCUCAUCUUAAUCCCAACACAAGAAAAAAAGUCUGUGUCACCGCUUUUCUCGAUCAGGACGGGAAAUUCUCCUCUGCACUGAGGUUUCCUUUUGGAAACGCCAGAAACUAAAAAAUAGAGUAGGAAAUGGAUCUAAUAGAGUAACGGUUGUGAUUUUACUAUUUUUAAUUUUUUUUUUUUAGUUGAUAAGUUUGAUGUUUUUCUUCCCUCCAAGAAGUGCUGAAUGUACCAAGAAUAUAAGAAAUUAAUAAAUUGGUUUAUCACA